AUGUUAAAUCGCAAGAUCACUCUCUCCUUCACGUGCAACGUUUGCGAUGGCCACAACACGCACCAGCUGGACUUCCCCGAGUUCGGGCGCAACCUCGAGGAGUUCAUGGCCAAGAAAGGCACCCCCGUCAAGAGAGUUGUCAUGGACGGGCACGGCCUCUCCCACGUCCAGGUUCCGGUGCCGGGGAAGGACUACCCGGAGGUGAACCCGCACCUGGUCACCGGAGACGAGGACGAAGAGGAGGCGCUGCACGAAGGUUUCGACGCCAUGAGCCUUUUGCCCGGCGCGCACGUGGGCGGCGCCGGCUACCUGCCGGGAGUUCCGCCGCCGCCGCCGCCGCUCCGCCAGGAGGUUGGCGGCGCAGGGGACGGGGAGGAUGUUGUUGAUGGGGACUGGGAGGAGGACGUUGUGGAUGGACCGCCGGAUGUUUGAUGCUUGUGCGAUUGGUAUUGCAGCCGCGUGCGCGGCUCGUGUGAAAAGUCGAUUUUUGGCGGGGGCGUUUCGGCUGGACGGGCAGGCUGAAGGACGCAUCGUGCUGCUUUGUGGUGGUUGAGCUGCGUCGGGUGAAGAGCGAGCGUGUGCCUGAACGGCAGGCGCGGCAGUUUGCUGGGGUGUUGUGGUGGGCAGCUAGGGGUGUAUAUGAUCGAUGCUAGAAGAUAGUAGCGCGUUGUGCGCAACGUGUUUCGGCAUAAAGGGGGGCGGGGGUGACAGAUCCGGUGGAGCGCUUCUGGCGUAGCCCCGAUGUAAGCUGCGCAUAAUUUUGUACAUAUUUCGUGACUCGGAAAUCUUGGCACUGAUGACACCUGUUGCUGCUGCUUGUUGUGCCGCGUUGGUGUCGAUGUUUUGCGCGGCUGCUCUAUUCUCGAGGAUAUUUUUAGCGCGACGUUUGUGUUUGUUCACAAAGGGCUACCACCUGGUGGUGGUGAGGCGAAAGAGGCCGCGCCCCUGUAUGAAAAUGGGUGAGUGAGUGUAGCAGAAUAGUGUUCCGACGAUGAUGAUAGUUCUCAGUUGUUGCAAGUGAUACUUUUGAUGGUGCGCCACUUCUCUUGUGUCCAUAGUCCAAUCAGCGAACUGCGUGCCACAAAUGUUUUUUCUCUCUGCCGUGGGUGUAUGUUGUAUCAAGACGAUGGGGUUGUGAAAAUAGUGGGUCGUCGGAGGUCGACACGCGGGGUGGAAAAGAUGGACUGAAAAAUAGUUAUGC